GUAACGUUACAUUGCUUAGUUGUCAAUCGUGAAGGCAAACACAUUUCCUGACAAAAGUAAUUUGGGCACUUGUAGCUAUAGUGCUCUUCCUUCUAUUUGAGUUCUCUUCUCUGGUAGUAAGCUCUUUGCCACUGCAAGCGACCACAACUCAGGGUGCACUGCACGCCUCAGGCAAGUAAACUAUUCAACCUCUCUUCCCUUGAACGAAACUUGGCCACUUUCCGGUGCUCGCUUGUAGCCUUCGGCGUGCAGGUCGCAUUCGCGCCAGACUCAGACGAAGCCGCGCUCAGCCAUUAAAUCCAAUUGGACGAGCCCAACGGUGGACAAUGCCUGCUGCCGACGUGCUCCCACUCGUGCGCCUGCCGACUAGCGCCAACCGCCCGUGUGCGUCACUACAGUCAGGCAGCUUCCGAGCCGGCCCGCCGUACAACUACCUGCUCACAUUCGCGCAGCUGCCGACUGCCACGCUACCUCCUGUACGGCUGAGGGGGGUGGGGGUGCCGUACACGAGUUAGUUGGGGGUUAGUCGGAGCUGUCCCAGGAUGAAGCAUUGCCAGCAUUGCGGAUUUGCGGUGCAACAGCAGUAGGUAAGAAUGCGGAUGUUACAGAGGGGACAGUCCCAGCACCCGUAGGUAAGGCUUGGAAUUUGAGGUGCUCCUCCGGGCUCUACUCCUGCUCCAGCUCAUCACCACAGGACCUGAAGAGGCCCAAAGCCCAGGUUCAAGCCCGCCGUGGGCACCUGUGGGCACAGGCCAAGAAGCCGUUGUCAUAGGCCAAGCUGUCGGCCUCGCACAUGAUGGUGUGUGAUCAGGGGAGGCACGCGUUGCUGGUGCUGUGUGAAGCUGCGGGCCAGCUUAAGUACGUCUGUGCCGGGACCCAGGCCGCUUCACAGUGCGCUGCUGGGCGCACGUUCGCUGCUGUUUUAGACAACACGUUAGAAUGCAGGUACCCGCUUGGAUUCAGCCCUAGCAAUAAGCCACAAUCUCGCG